GGCUCAGACAGCCUCCAGUGCGUUACAGGCGACAAUCCGGAAGUGAGCCUCUGACCGUCUAGAGAUAGCGCUCUAUGGUGCGGAGGGGGGGCGAAUUGAUUUACGUUAAGAUCGGGAGGGAGAAGAAGCGACAAGAUGGCAGGAGCGGAGUUCUCAAACACUACCCAUGAAACAUUCAACGUCACACUUCACACCACGCUGGCCCUCACCACUAAGCUGGUGUUGCCUACGCCCGCCAAGCCAAUUCUGCCAGUUGAAACUGGGGCCCAAGCUCAACAAGAGGAACAGUCAAGUGGCAUGACGAUAUUCUUUAGCCUUCUUGUGUUAGCUAUCUGCAUCAUAUUGGUGCAUCUAUUGAUAAGAUACAGGCUGCAUUUCUUGCCAGAGAGUGUUGCCGUUGUUUCAUUAGGUAUCCUCAUGGGAGCAGUUAUAAAAAUUAUAGAAUUUCAGAAGCUGGCCAACUGGAAGGAAGAAGAAAUGUUUCGUCCUAAUAUGUUUUUUCUUCUUUUACUUCCUCCAAUUAUAUUUGAAUCUGGGUAUUCAUUACAUAAGGGGAACUUCUUUCAGAAUAUCGGAUCCAUCACUCUGUUUUCUGUGAUUGGAACAGCAAUUUCAGCUUUCAUUGUUGGAGGAGGAAUAUACUUCCUGGGUCAGGCUGAAGUCAUCUGUAAGCUCAACAUGACUGAUAGCUUUGCCUUUGGCUCUCUAAUAUCUGCAGUCGACCCAGUAGCCACAAUUGCAAUCUUCAACGCCCUUAAUGUGGAUCCUGUACUUAACAUGUUGGUCUUUGGGGAGAGUAUUCUCAACGAUGCAGUCUCAAUUGUUCUGACAAACACUGCUGAAGGUUUGACAAGAGAACAUACGUCAGAUGUAAGCGGAUGGCAAACCUUUCUACAGGCUCUGGGAUAUUUUCUGAAGAUGUUCUUUGGUUCUGCAGCGCUGGGGACUCUGACUGGCCUUAUUUCCGCAUUAGUGUUAAAGCAUAUUGAUUUGCGGAAAACUCCCUCCCUGGAGUUUGGCAUGAUGAUCAUCUUUGCUUAUCUCCCGUACGGACUCUCAGAAGGCAUUUCUCUCUCAGGUAUCAUGGCGAUCUUGUUCUCUGGCAUCGUGAUGUCUCACUACACCCACCACAACCUUUCUCCAGUUACACAGAUCCUGAUGCAGCAAACUUUGAGAACCGUCGCAUUCAUGUGUGAAACGUGCGUUUUUGCUUUUCUGGGCCUGUCAAUUUUUAGCUUUCCUCACAAGUUUGAAAUGUCCUUUGUCAUCUGGUGCAUAGUCCUUGUGCUUUUCGGCAGAGCUGUCAAUAUUUUCCCACUCUCCUACCUGCUCAAUUUUUUCCGCGAUCACAAGAUCACCCCCAAAAUGAUGUUCAUCAUGUGGUUCAGUGGUUUACGUGGGGCGAUUCCCUAUGCCCUGAGUCUCCACUUGGGCUUGGAACCGAUCGAAAAGCGGCAGCUGAUCGGGACCACCACCAUCAUCAUUGUUUUGUUCACCAUCUUGCUGCUGGGCGGAGGGACCAUGCCCUUGAUCAGACUGAUCGACAUUGAAGACUCGAAAGCCCGUCGGAGGAACAAGAAGGACAUUAACCUCAGCAAGACGGAAAAAAUGGGAAAUACCAUCGAAUCAGAACACCUGUCAGAACUCACUGAGGAAGAGUACGAGGCCCACUACAUCAAGCGCCAGGACCUCAAGGGCUUCAUGUGGCUCGAUGCCAAAUACUUGAAUCCUUUCUUUACCAGGCGGCUCACUCAAGAGGAUCUGCACCACGGACGGAUACAGAUGAAAAGCCUCACCAACAAGUGGUAUGAAGAGGUGCGGCAAGGCCCUUCUGGAUCCGAAGACGAUGAACAGGAGCUACUGUAGCAGGACAGCGUGGUGCACCUUGUUUUGAACACACACACACAAACACAAAAAUAGUAAUAGACGAAGCCUUUCUUCAUAGAAGACAGGCAGCUUUCGAAAGGCAAGUCUUCACGGCUGGUCACAGAACGUAUACAGUACACAUUUUGCCAGCUCGCUGUCUGGAAACUCCAAAAGAUGCACCAGGAAUCGACGCUGAAGAUCCAUUUCCAAACGCCUCAUUUCCAAGUCUCAGCUGGGAGUUGCAUCGAAUCCUUUAACAGCGAACACCUGACUGCAUCAGGAUCAUUAAAGACCAGGUUAUUACACCCAUGGCGAUUUGUGUUGUGAAAUGUAUAUUCAAAAGAUUCUGUAGGGCAGCUUCACAGUGCACUUUAACUUACCCUUUCUUUGAUCUACUGUGUCAGGGGGUGGAAAGUAAUGCUGAGUAAUACUGUGAAUUAAUAUAUUAAUCAUAAACAAGUGAAUGAUUAUUUAAAGCCCAGCUAUCGUUUGCACUACUGGCAUGCUAAGGGACUCUGUGUGCUGGGUGAGAGAGCACUCCGAGAAUUCAGUCAAUGUGCAUGAUCAAAAUGCAGAUAAUUAAAAUCUUGUGAUUUCUUGCAUUUUUUAAAGCAUA